CAUAAAUGAUAUGACGAAAGGAGUGAAUAUCUAUAUGAGUUUGUUUGUGGAUGAUGCCAAAUUAAUGAGGAAAAUAACAGAAAGAAGACUGUGAGGCAUUGCAGAGGGACUUAGACAAGAUCUGGGAGUGGAGCAAAGAGUGGCAAAUGGAAUUUGAUAUCAAGAAGUGUGGAGUGAUGAAUUUUGGUAAGAGCAGUAUGAGAUCAGUGUACAGAUAUAAGAUGGGGGAUGAGGAAUUGGAAAUAAAGACUGAAGAGAGAGAUCUGGGAAUAACUGUGACGGAGGGAUUCUCGUCAGAGGUUCAUGUAAAGAGGAAAUCUGGUGAAGCGUACAAUUUGGUAAGGAACAUAAGAACUGCAUUCUGCUACAUAGAUGAAGAGAUGAUCAAGAAGUUGAUUGUUACAAUGAUUAGACCAAGGUUGGAGUAUGCAGCGGUUCUUUGGUCUCCAAGAAUGGCAAGAGAUAAGAGGAAGCUGGAAUGCAUGCAGAGGGCUGUGACGAAGCUGCCCCAAACCUUGGUGAAUCUGUCUUAUGAGCAGAGACUGGAAAAAUUGAGUCUGCCGACACUGGAAAAAAGAAGAGAGAAAGGAGACCUUAUCACUAUGUAUAGGAUUCUGUCUAGCAGUGAGAAGUUGGACCGUGAUGAUCUGGUGGUGAGGGAUAUGAGAAGUGGGAGGAAGCAUGGGAGAAAAGUGAAGAUGAAUGUGUGUACAAAGGACAUAAAGAAAUACAGUUUUCCACAAAGAAUUGUGGGGAUCUGGAAUGCGCUAGAGAAAGAAGUGGUUGAAGCAAAAACAAUUCACGGAUUUAAGGAAAAGUUAGAUAAGAGUAGAUAUAGAGACGGGACAGCACGAGUUUGAACUCCUCCUCCCGUAAACAACAACUAGGUAAACAACAAGGUAAAUACACACA